GAACAGCGAGCUCCCCUGCCCGACGCGCGGUGGCCAGAGGGCCACAAGGAUUCCAUUCGCCUGGCCCGGCCGGCUUGACCCUGCCCGGACGCGCCAUGUUCGCGCGUGGGUCCCGGAGGCGCCGCUCUGGGCGCGCGCCUCCAGAGGCCGAGGACCCGGACCGCGGCCAGCCCUGCAACUCCUGCAGGGAGCAGUGCCCCGGCUUCCUGCUGCACGGUUGGAGAAAGAUCUGCCAGCACUGCAAAUGCCCGCGAGAGGAGCACGCCAUGCACGCAGUGCCUGUGGACCUGGAACGCAUCAUGUGCCGGCUAAUCUCAGACUUCCAGCGCCACUCCAUCUCUGACGACGACUCCGGCUGUGCCUCAGAGGAGUACGCCUGGGUGCCCCCUGGUCUCAAGCCUGAGCAGGUGUACCAAUUUUUCAGCUGCCUCCCAGAGGACAAGGUCCCCUAUGUCAACAGUCCUGGGGAGAAAUACAGGAUCAAGCAGCUGCUGCACCAGCUGCCCCCACACGACAGUGAGGCACAGUACUGCACAGCCCUGGAAGAGGAGGAGAAGAAAGAGCUCCGAGCCUUCAGCCAGCAGCGGAAGCGGGAGAAUCUGGGACGUGGUACUGUUCGCAUCUUCCCCGUGACCAUCACUGGGGCCAUUUGCGAGGAGUGCGGGAAGCAGAUUGGAGGCGGGGACAUCGCUGUGUUUGCCAGCCGUGCCGGCCUGGGUGCCUGCUGGCACCCCCAGUGCUUCGUGUGCUCCACGUGCCGGGAGCUGCUGGUGGACCUCAUCUACUUCUACCACACCGGCAAGGUCUACUGUGGUCGCCACCAUGCCGAACGCCUGCGCCCCCGCUGCCAAGCCUGUGAUGAGAUCAUCUUCUCUCCUGAGUGCACGGAGGCUGAGGGCCGGCAUUGGCACAUGGGUCACUUCUGCUGCUUCGAGUGUGAAGCUUCGCUAGGAGGCCAGCGCUAUGUCAUGCGUCAGAGCCGCCCCCACUGCUGCGCCUGCUAUGAGGCCCGCCACGCGGAGUAUUGUGAUGGCUGUGGGGAGCACAUUGGCCUAGACCAGGGCCAGAUGGCUUAUGAGGGCCAGCACUGGCAUGCCUCAGACCGCUGCUUCUGCUGCAGUCGCUGUGGGCGAGCCCUCCUGGGACGCCCAUUCCUGCCGCGUCGUGGUCUCAUCUUCUGCUCUCGAGCCUGCAGCCUGGGGUCUGAGCCCACAGCUCCCGGGCCCGGCCGCCGCAGCUGGAGCGCAGGCACAGUCUCCACACCUCUCGCGGCCUCCACAGCCUCCUUCUCUGCUGUGGAGGGGGCCUCUGAGACCACCACCAAAGGCACCAGCACUGAGCCAGCGCCUGCUGCAGGCCCGGAGGAGCCCGCCCGCUUUCUGAGAGGGGCCCCCCACCGCCACUCCAUGCCCGAACUGGGGCUCCGCAGUGCCCCGGAACCACCCUCAGGGCCUCCGGGCCAGCCAGACCCGCAUCCGGAAGAUGGAGCCUUCGGUCGCCAGAGCGCCCCGCGCGUCAGCUUCCGCGACCCUCUGGUGUCUGACGGAGGCCCACGCCGGACCCUGAGUGCGCCCCCAGCCCAGCGCCGCAGGCCGCGCAGUCCCCCGCCCAGGGCCCCCACCCGCCGCCGCCACCGCCGCCACCACCACCAUCAUCAUCACCACCACCACCAUCACCAUCACCGCCGCCACUCGAGCAGACGUCGCCACCAUCAAUGUGACUCAGGAUCAGGGUCAGACUCAGGCUCUUGCUCCAGCUCGUCCACCAGCCCCAGUUCCGACUCCUCAGAGGACGACGGCUUCUUCCUGGGGGAACGCAUCCCGCUGCCCCCACACCUGUGCCGGUCUGUGCCUGCUCGGGACACUGCAGCUGAGACCCCCAACUCCCCAUCUCCACAGCUCCCCGGGACCUCGCGCCCAGGGAUGUCUCGCCAGGCCAGGGACAAGAACUGCAUCGUGGCUUGAAGGAGAGACAGUCCAGGGGGGUCUCCAUUCUCAAGUCAGUUCGAUGACGACCCCCCCCCCAACUUCAGUCAUAAAUCCCCUUCCUUCCUCC